AUGAGGAAGCUUUGUCCUAAUUUGGACCGUGAAGAUGGGCUUGAAACCGUCCUCGAGGUCCCAAUCCCGGAAGAGAUGUUUGAUACCGACAAUAACAAGAACAACAACACCAUCUCAUGGCACAACAUGAAGUCGUGGAUGAAAUCCUCCAACACCGACCGAUCACAGAUCAACACCGUCUUUGGGAGCAAAAACGCCGAGGUCCAGCUCUUGCUUGGUGUUAUUGGAGCUCCUCUCAUUCCCCUUCCCAUUCCUAAGGACCACCAACCCAUCAACCGCACCAUCAAAGACCAACCUAUCGAGGCUUCAAUGGCUAAAUACAUAGUGAAGCAGUACAUAGCAGCGGUGGGGGGAGAGAAGGCCUUGAACUCAGUAGAGAGCAUGUAUGCAAUGGGGAAGGUGAAGAUGGCGGCGUCAGAGUUUUCCACCGGAGAGAGGAGCUUGAACAGUAACAAUAACAAGGUGAAGGUGAAGAGCUUGUUGAGAUCAACUGGAGGUGGGGGCGAGAUGGGUGGGUUUGUGCUGUGGCAGAAAAGACCUGAGCUUUGGUGCUUAGAAUUGGUGGUGUCUGGUUGCAAAAUCAGUGCAGGAAGCGACGGGAAAGUGGCUUGGCGCCAAACUCCGUGGCACCACUCUCAUGCCUCUCGAGGCCCUCCUCGUCCUCUCAGGCGUCUCCUUCAGGGUCUUGAUCCAAGGUCAACAGCCAACUUAUUCAGCAACGCAGUUUGCAUCGGCGAGAAAGCAAUCAACGACGAAGACUGCUUCAUCCUCAAGCUGGAAGCCGAUCCCUCAAACCUAAGAGCACGAAGCAGCAACAACGUGGAAAUAAUAAGGCACUCAGUGUGUGGCUACUUCAGCCAAAGAACAGGCCUCCUCGUCCAGCUAGAAGAUUCUCACCUCCUCAAAAUCAAACCCCCCUCAGGAACCGACAGCGGCAUUUUCUGGGAGACCACCAUGGAGUCUUACGUCCGAGACUACAGAACCGUGGACGGCAUCAACAUCGCGCACGGGGGCAGGACGUCUGUCUCCUUGUUCAGGUUCGGCGAGAACUCAGAAACGCAUUCCAGGACGAGAAUGGAGGAGGUUUGGGAGAUUGAGGAGGUUGAUUUUAACAUCAAGGGCUUGUCCAUGGACUGCUUCUUGCCUCCUGGUGACCUAAAGAAGGAGGAAGAAGAAGCAAAAUGUGGCGCCAAUGCCAUGGUGAUCAGUGCUCAUUCAAAAAUGCCGUUUAAAAUUCGAUCUGCUUCUUGGAGAAUCAGUGCUUCUAAAGUUGUUGCAUUAGAUGAUGAUGUUGAAUAUGAUCCGGACAAUAGUGAAAGCAGCAGCGACCAAGAAUUGUAA